UCGCACUCACUCACUUACUUGCUCUGCUUAAUUUCAUCUCGUUGCUCUGCGUUUUCCCGUUGCUCUGUUUCCAAAUCCGUCGUCGGCGAAGUAACGCUGUUUCUUUUCCGGCGAGCAGCAGCGAUGGGGAAGGUUUCGUAUAGGUUCGCGAGCAGCAAGGUGUACAGCGAGUUCGAAAUCGGAGAAAGAGAAUGCGUCUCUGUCGAGGAGUUGAAGAUGGCGAUCCUGAGGUCGAAGUUCAAGGCGAAGAAGAACGCCAAUCCGAAAUGGAACCCUAACGGGUUGUGCCUGGGAACCGACUACGAUCUCGUCUUCACCAACGAGCAAACCAAGGAAGAGUACGGCGAACAAGAAGACGCGUUGAUCCCUAGCGGCGCUUCCAUUGCGGUCCGGCGAGUCCCCGGAGAUCGUCGCCGGAGGUGGAUCGACACCUCCAAGAUCGUAGUCGAGAAAAACUCCGAUCAAGAAAAGGAAGCGACUUUGAUGGAGGAAUCGAAAGAUUCAGGAGAACCCACGACCUUAAUGGAGAAGAGCAGCGUUACAGAAACGGAAGAAGAAGAAGAUUUCCAUGAUUUCGGGGAAGAUGCUCUGGGUUUAGAGAAGAAACAGGGGACGACUAGUGGAGCAGCGAUAAGCAAAGAAGAGGAGGAUAUGAAGAUCAAGAAAUUGGUUAGCACACCUGCUCUGUCUCAGUUUCAGGGGAAGAGGAAACCCAUGUGCGGCAUUGGUGGUGGAUCGUAUGUGUGGCGGAGAAACAACGGCUGCGACGGCGGCAGCAGCAAGAGGCAGAGGUUGACGGUUCAGCCCGAUGAGGAAACUUUCCGAAGGGAGAUAGAAGCAAUACUUCCCUCAUCAUCGUCAUCUUCCAGCGGCAGCAACGAUAUGGAGGAGGAGGAGAAGAAAAGCACAAACAGAGGCAGAGUUCCGCCGGAGCUUCACUGCCCAUUGUGUUCGAAGGUGAUGAAAGACGCGGUGUUUGUAACAAGGUGCUGCUUCCGCAGCUUCUGCGAUGGAUGCAUCAGGAAUCGAUUGAUGACUUCAAGAUCGUGUGCCUGUGGAGAAUUGGAUGUUUUGGUGGAUGAUCUCGUCCCCAAUGUUACGCUUCGCCAAGUGAUUAACAGAGUUGUCACACAGCCUUACAGUUGCUUCACCAACAUCAGCAGCAGCAGCAGCAGCAGCAGCAGCAUCAGCAAUGGCAGGAUGGCAGUUGUUUGAGUAUUUACUUUGUAAAAGACUACUUACCAACCCUAGAAGUCAAUAGGUUACAGGAGAUGGUGGUGCUAAAUAUAUUGCUUGAUGGUGAGAUGUUGUAACUCAAGCAAUUCAUUCGUUCAAAUCAAUGAGAAAAGAAACGGACUAAGAGCCCUAAGCUCUUCGUGGAUUAGUCCUGCUCGCAUCGAGUAGGGAAACCACGUAAAAAAAUCGUGUGUGUGAUUGUCUUUCUUUUGCUUCCGCGCAUUUCAUUAUUUUACAUUUACUUACUACUACCUGCGACACCCAAAUUUCUAUUUGACAAAACGUUGCAACUCUUCUGGAAAUCGAUGAGAUCACUUUUGGCACUUGCCCUCUCCCCUGUUUUUGUUGUUCUUGCUGUUGCAUCAGCAGGACGGCAGUUGUUUGAGGAUACGAAUCUCUGUUUGCCAAUUUGACAAAUUGAUCAAAACGUGGCUUCCCCUUUCUUCCCCACUCAAGUCAAAAUGUUUAUAUUAUGAUAGGGUCCGGAUCGUGUCAGUAACUGAUGGGUCAGUAACCCAUCAGUAACCCAUCAGCUAAUCUCCACGUGUCAGUCCACUUUUUUAUUUAAAUUAAAUGCGGAAGGGCAGU